AUGGAUGAUUCGUUGUACUCUUCAUCAUCAGUCACUUCAACAACAAUGAGUAGCAGUGUGUCUAGAAGACAGACAUCAUCGUCCAACACACGAUCAACUUCACAUCCUUAUUCUCGUGGUGGUCCAUCAUCAUUGUCGUCGUCGUCAUCACAGCAACAACGACAGAGCAAUGGAGUGGUGUCAUCGUCGUCGUCAAGUGAUGUCAGCAGCAGAAGUAGAGAGAGAGAGCAAAGGGAGAGGGAGAGAGAGAGGGAGAGAGAUCAAGAUAUUCUCGGCGACGAUGGAGAUGAUGGCGGUGUGAUUGGAGCAAUCACAAACAUUAUAGUCAAGCCUUUCAGCUGGGUGUUGAGGGCGACUCUCCAUUCGUACGCUGAUGGUCAUUCCGACUCCAAACAGUCACCUCCACCAAAGAAGCACCAACAGCAACAGCAGAGUCAGCCACAACAACAACAGAAUGAAAUCAUAGAUCUUGCCUCAGAUGAUGAUGAUACAUAUCAGUCUCAGGCCACAACAAACACCAAGACAGUGUCACCGACCUACCAGUAUGGUGUGCCACGACAACAGCAACAGCAGCAGGAGGAGGAGCAACAAGCUAAGAGAUUCUAUGCUGGCGCAGUACUCACUCAGCAAGGCUCAAGUGGCACCAAGUCGAUUCAGAACAAUGAAUACGACAAUGCACUAUCCAAAGUCAAGGGUGUCGAUACAUUCAACAUUGACACCUCGUCGCUCAAACUCAAGGACUUGACCACUAGCAACAACAUGUUUAGGAAGGGACUCGUGGCACCAAUGCAGUCUAAUACAGGCAGAGGUGUAUCGUUUGCCAACAACAUCAAUGGAAACAGCAACAACAACAACAACAACAAUACAUACAAGUCGAACCUGUAUCCAGAUAUCAACAACCUGUCAUCAGUAUCAUCACAACAACAACAACAGCAACAACAACAACAGAGACAGGCUGCACCACCAAGCUACAGGACACUUACAUCGAGACCAUCAGUCCUCACCCCUCCAUCAAACACGACACUUCCAUUCAAGACCAACAGGCCACAGACAACUCCCUAUCCAUCACAAUAUCAAUCACAGUCACAACACCAAUCACAUUCACAGUCGCAACGUCAUGUAGUGGAUUCAGCACUUGGAAAGCGACAGAAGCCAUCGUCUCCAACACAUUCACCAACAACAACAACAGGAGCAUCGAUGAUGUCGAGCACAACAACACCAAAGAGCUUGAGCAAUGAGGACAGCGCAUUCUCCAUCGAGGAGAUCGACAGCUUCUACCGCAAGAAGUUGCUGUCCAACUUUGGCGAGAUCGACCCAGGCAUGGUCGUCAACAGCACUGGCGGCGAGCCACCUCUGAAACGAAGAACGACUUCGUCGCAAUACCCAAUCGCGCACUCUACGAUCGCCGCCACCAGCCAGGCAGCCAAGAGAAUCCUGGAGCAUCUCGACAGCUUCUCCAGUCCAGCACUCUCCAAUCUGAAUUACUCCAACAUGAACCAAUCCUCCUCCAGCUCUUCCUACUCGCUCGCCAAGCCAGACUCCAACACGAUCACUCGUCCCAAGAUCCCUCAGUUUGUCAUGAACUACAAGUACAACCCUUACGGUCUCUCACGACUACUAGAUAAGAAGCCAAAGAGUUCGAAGGAGACUAGUGAGAUCCCGACCAAGUCCAUUCAGUACUCUGCUGUGUCACACUACAAGAAGCCAGCGACAGUCAACAAGAAGGUGUCGUUCGAGGCAACAUCCUCUUCAUAUUCAGACGAAGAGGGUUCGGAUGUUGAGAUCACUCCAGUCGGAGUAAAGAAAUCAAAGAGUACAACGGUCACUCCAACGACAUCUAUGUCCACCCCGGCCACAUCGUCCAAGGCACCAGUGACAAACGUUGCACCACCAGUCACAACACCUACAACAUCGAGCAUGUUCAAGCCAGGCAACGCAGCAUCAACUACAACAACAACAUCAAACAACCACUUCACUCCCAGUGCCACAUCAUCGUUGUUUACGCCAUCAGCCAUGGAGCCAACGAGGGUCUCGAGUGCUGCCACAACCACCGCCGCGCCUGCUUCAUCGCUAUUUGGUACAACACCAUCAGCCCUUUCCAGCACGGCAUCUGCAGUUGGCUCCGGUCUGUUCGACACGCAGAUAUCAUCCUCGUUGUCCAAGUUCAACAGCAACGACAAGCAAGAGAAGAAGGUCAGUUUCAAGACUGGCCCAUAUGACUCCAAGAAGAAGAGAGAGCUCUAUGAGGACGACGGCAUCGAGGCGUCGAUCCCUGGCCUCGACAAUGUUGUCGCCCCGCCCAUCCCAGCGAACUUUGGUUCAACGAUAACGGCCAACUUCCUGUCCACCACCCCGCCAACCACAUCCCUCUUCCCUUCAUCAUUGACGACCGAGAAGACCAAUACGCCAGGCCUAUCAUUCGCACCAUCAGUCGAGGUAACCAAGCCUGCAUCAUCAACCACAUCACUCUUCUCAAAUCUUGGUGGAGAAAAGGAGAAGGAGAAAGAGAAGGAGCCAGUGUCUCUUUUCGGCCUGCCCUCAACAUCUGCGACAUCCACAUCCGCCUCUACAUCACUGUUUGGUGUGAUACCAAAUGGAAAGGACAAGGAGGAGAAGGCAAAGGAGACCGAGACUGAGAAGGAAAAGGAAAAGGAUAAGCCUGCUGCAACAUCACUGUUUGGACUACCAACAACAACGACAACGACCUCAUCCUUGUUCUCUACUUCACCAACACUGACUACAUCAUCGGCCACAACAGCAUCGACAGCAGGAAGCUCAAUACCCUCGCUUCCAACAAUCUCAUUCCCAUCAAUGACGACAACAAGCUCACUGUCAAUGGCACCUGGAGGCCUGUUCUCAGGAUUGGGAGCGAAGCUCACUGACGACAACAAGACCAGCGGCGAGCCUGAGAAGACAAAGAAGCAGUCUAGUGUGUCUAUCCUUGCCAACGCACCUUUGGGAUCAAUGUUUGGCAAUCAGACAUCCUCAUUCAUGAGCUCAGCGCAGAAUGAGGAGAACGAAGCCACCGACGACGAGGAAGAGGACGAUGGAUUCAACGAGGAGGAGGGAUUCUAUGUGCCGUCCGACGAGGAGGACGAGAAGGAAAAGGAGGAGGAGAGACCAUCACUCUUUGGUAACGCUACGCUGAACCUUGGUUCGGGAAGUGGCGCACCAGCACCCAUCUUGUUUGGCAGCUUGGCGACUGGAGGAGCCUCAUCUUUGUUUGGCCUGCCCAAGACUGAUGACAAGUCCUCAGGACUGAGCUCGGGCCUGGGACUCGGCCUUGGCGGCGGAGAUUCAUCCAAAUCUUUGUUUGGAUUCAACUCGACCCCAUUAACCGAUGCCAAGGACACAAAGAGCGCAGCCAGCACCAGCGCCAGCAGUAUAUUUGGAGGAGCAGGAGCAUCAUCGAUCUUCUCAUCGGCGCUCAAGACCUCCCCACCUACUACCGAGACCGAGAAGUCAACUGCUGCUGCUCCAUCGUUGAAUUUGUUUGGCGCUGCUCAAACUAGCCCUGCCACAUCAGCAUCGUCAUCACCACCAAUCAUCGUUGGCGCAUCAUCUGCUCCAGCUUUGCCAAACUUCUUUGGCGUACCUUCAUCCAAGCCAGCUUCGACAUCGCCAGUCUUGGGCCUCACCUCCACCACCACAUCCGACUCGGACAAGCCAGCUGGCCUGCUAUCCUUCACCAGCUCCCCAGCCACAACAACACCAACAUCAUCAUCCUUGUUUAACUUUGGUGCAACGACAACAUCGUCGACUGACAGUGACAAGUCCAAGGAUGAUAAGAAUAAGCAACCAAUUGCCUCUAUCAUCUCAUCCCCAUUUGCCAUGCCAUCAAGUGACUUGAAGUCGCCAAUCGUUACAUCGCCAUACACAUUCGGUCAGGAGGACAAGACAAAGACGUCUGACAAGGCUGAGCCACCCAAGACCACCCCGUCCUUGUUCAACUUUGGCGCCACCACCACAACAUCCUCCGAGGAGCCAAAGGCAACGAGCACGAGCUUGUUUGGCCUGCCAACCACGACACCAGCAACAUCUACCGCGUCCAUCCUUCCAACAACAUCGGCGCCCGCCUCCUCACUCUUUGGCUUUGGCAGCUUUGCCAGCGGUGCAGGUUCAGGCUCAGGUUCAUCUUCACCUCCAUUGGCACAAGUGUCGAGCACCCCAUCAACCGCAAACACUCUGUUUGGAGGCAUGGGAGCGUCGUCCACAGCCACCAGUGGUGGAUUGUUUGGACAGAGCACCCCAGCCACAUCAUUGACAACUGCGCCAUCAACCUCGACCACAGGCCUCUUUGGUGGCACGACAUCGUCCCUGCCAUCUACCAACUUCUUUGGCAACCCAUCCACAUCAAGCACAACAGGCUCAUCAACAUCAUUAUCCGCAAUGUCCACCUCAUCAAUGUUUGACAACACACCAUCAUCAUCAAUGUCCACCACCAACACUAUCAACACAUCCUCGUCAACAUCAUCCAACUCUUUGUUUGGUGGAGCUUCAUCUGCUCUGCCAACAUUCUCAGCUCAACAACAAACAACGUUCAAUCCCUUCACACAACAAUCCACUUCUUCACCGAGCUUUAACUCAUUUACAUCUACUCCCGCCCCUGCCGCUGCAACCUCGAAUCCGUUUGGCGGAUCAACCAUGGGCACCGGCGCCCCAGCUGGCGCAUCGUCCAACCCAUUCGGCUCCUCAACCAUGGGCAACCCAUUCGGCACUACUUCAAUGCUAACCUCUGCGCCCACCCCGCCAACUUCAUCCCUGAUCCAGUUUGGCGCGUCGUCUGGCUCUCCACCUACCACGUCCUCCCCAUCCUUCUCAUCGUUCCCUGUUGCCGCAAGCGUGACACCAACACCUGCACCAACCUUUGCAUCCGGAGGCGGCAAUCCAUUCAGUGGAUUCGGAUCCAGCGCACCAGCGACCCAGCCAGCCACCUCCAAUCCAUUUGGCAACUCUACAUUCGGACCAAGUGCCGGAGCUGCUCCAGGCUUUGGCGGCGGACUAUUUAGUGCCACUCCACCAAUGGGCUCAUCGCAGCAGGGUGGCUUUGGCGCCAACGCUGGCGGUUUUGGCGCUCAGUCCCUAGGCAACGCACCAUUUGCUGGACUCAACAACUCCACCUCUGGUGGCUCAAGUACUCCCUUUGGUUUUGGCAAGAAGGCGCCAGCCAAGAACAAGAAGAAGUAA